GACUUUAACUGGUUUAUGUCAAAUUCAAAUAAAACACAUCCUACACAAGUGUUUUCUAAAGGGAUUGCUAAAGCAUUUUAUGUAAUUCUUGCUUUUCAGGACCCUUCUAAUGAACAACAAGAAACCAAACAGAGGGAAGCAGAGAUGAGAAAUAGUAUUUUAGCUCAAGUUCUGGAUCAAGCAGCUCGUGCCAGAUUAAGUAAUUUAGCACUUGUGAAGCCAGAAAAGGCAAAAGCUGUAGAGAAUUACCUUAUACAGAUGGCAAGAUUUGGACAGCUAGGUGGGAAGGUAUCAGAACAAGGGUUGAUAGAAAUACUUGAAAAAGUGAGCCAGCAAACAGAAAAGAAAACAACAGUAAAGUUCAACAGAAGAAAAGUAUUGGAUUCUGAUGAAGAGGAUGAUGAUGAUUAAAUGCUACUGUAAGAAUGCCAAACUGCCUGGAAAAAGGAAAACAAAACAUACUGUAUAGGCAAAAUGAAAGUUCUGACAAAAUAUUUACAUGUAUUUGCUUUCCGCAUACGUUUUUGAUAAAGGUUAAAAAUGGACUCAUGUUCUGUAAAAUAAAAUCUAAGGAGUUUUUAUAGCUUACCUUUUUAAAGUAUUAGAGGGCUGUGUGGUAUGGAUUCUCCCACCACUUCCUUAGCAUGAAUUUUCCUCUGUCCCACUUAGCAUGUAAGCUAUGCUAUCAGCACCUGCCACUCCGUAAAUUGCUACUACCAUGAGGUGUCUUGGAAGUUGCAAACAGCCAGAGCCCACAGGACUUAAAAGAAUGUCCACUCUCUCAAUGUCUCACUUUGUUUCUAAAUUAACUAGUAUCUUCUAGUAGAGGGGUUAUCCAAAACCUCACUCAUUCUCAGUCUAUGGCUGGUGAAAUAUUUUGUUGGAAUCUGCAGAAUGCAACAGCUGACGAACCAAUUAUUGAGAAGAGACAUGAUUCUUUGAAAAGACAUCUCACAAAAUAGUCUGCUAGAUGAAAAAUUAUAGUUUGAACCAGUUCCUUCUGAAAACUCAAGUUCUUUCAGAAUGAGGUUAAAAAGUUGAGAAACGUGGAUACUCAGUAGUGGUUGAAAUUUAAUUGAGUAAUGUAAUACAGCCCUGUUCAGAUAGUUAACACAUGAUCUUUAUUCUACCAUUUAUUAAAUGGUUUGAGUUUAUUAUUGUCAAAUAAGGAAAGACAACUGUUCUAAAUUACAUGAAACUCUUGCAUGCAUAAAGUAAAUCUGAUCCUGUGUUGUCUUCUUUGAAAAUGCAGUGUGAAAAUGUGUGGUAUAAAUACUGUAACAUCUUGUGUGAUGAUAGAAGUGAAACUGAAAAGGGAGUGACAUUUCACUACAAGAGAAGAGUUGUAUUCUGCUGUGUCAUUGAAAAGCAGCAGAAUACAGUAUUCUAACUGUAAUGAUUUGGAACUGAUUAAAAUUUUGUUUAAAAACUA